AUGAGUGAUUCACGCAAAGCCACAGACCGACUUCUAGCUAUUGCCCGAUCGUUACAGCAUCCAGACUCAAAUUAUGGCUUACCUGAAGAGUUUAUGAGAAAGCUUCGCGCUGCGCUGCUAUCAGACCCAUUAUUGCCGAGACCCAACCCUUCGAUCUCGCUCUGGCAAGAACCUGCACACCCAACUGUAUCAAGCAUUCAGUCACCAACCCUUCCACAGUACGCCGAUAUUGUUGUCAUUGGCUCUGGGAUAACUGGAUGCAGCGUUACCAAAGCCCUCCUCGAAGAUGACAGUCUGGACACCACAAGCCGCAUCGUCGUCCUCGAGGCUCGUACUCUUACCAGCGGAGCAACAGGCCGUAAUGGAGGCCAACUCGUCUCUCCAGUAGGACAUCUCUACAAUACUAUGUGCAAGAGACAUGGCGAAGAAACAGCCAAGGAAAUGUGUCGCUUCAGCUUCAUGAACAUUGAGCGCAUCAUGGGUAUGCUCGAAGAGUUGGAUCCAGAGCUCCGGGAGUCCAGCGAGAUUCGACAUGUACAUAAAGUCAUGGUUGCUGGGGAUGAGGAGACUUGGAAAAGUUCGAAGGAGUCUCUGAACUCUUUCCGGGAGGCAAUUUCCAGCCACCAAACCAUACAUCGUGUUACUGAGCAAGACGGCUUAGCAAAGGAAUUUAACAUCAAGAAUGGCCAUGGUGUCAUCGACCAUCCUGCCGGCGCGGUCUGGCCUUACCGCCUCAUAACAGGAAUCUUCGAACGUCUUCUCGUCCAGUACCACGACCGCCUUUCGAUCGAGACGAAUACUCCCGCAACAGCGAUAAAAUACACAUCUGGUGCCGCAAGUGAUGGUUCUUCUAUAUCUGACUACCCAGGGACCAUGUCUGUGCAAAAGGCUGGUCCCUAUCUACAAAACGUGGGCAACAGUAGGUCAUGGAGCUAUCUGACAAAGUCCACUCUUGAUCCCGUGUCAGAGCGAUUUGAUGGAGGCUUGUACUAUCUCCAACAGCACGCCGCCACUGGAGAUGUAUGGAUCGGCACUGACUACUCCAAUGUCUUUGAUGUUCUCACGUCUGACGACACUGCUGUACCGGGGCACUCGGUCGAAGCUUUGCUGAAGUUCUUGCCCAAGUACUUUGUGAAAGGAUGGCCAGAGGAUGAGCGACCGGAGUUGAAAGGAGUAUGGACUGGACUACAGGGCCAUACAUCGGAUGGGCUUCCGUUGGUAGGUAAACUACCGAAAAGUGUAUCCGGGAGAGACGGCGAUGGUGAGUGGAUUGCUGGGGGAUACAGUGGCUACGGGAUGGAUAAGGCUUGGAUGACUGGUGAGGCAAUUGCUAGUAUGGUCACUGGCAAAGGAGUCCCUGAAUGGUUACCCAAAGCGUUUCUCCUUACAGACCAGAGGCUCGAGCGGGAUAUCACGGUGGAGAAGUCUGUCGUGAAGUGGGUGUCAAUAGCAAAGACUGGCGAUUGGUAA